GCUGCCGGGCGCCUCCUCCCUGCCCCGAUGGACGCCUCCUCCUCCCCGCAGCCCCGCGCGGGGCUCCGCAAAGACGGUUGGUGUCCAGGAGAACGAUGUCUUGCUCCUUCUUCAGAUAAUAUGAAGCUUUGUGAAGCAAGCAUAAAGUCUAUCACUGUGGAUGAAAAUGGGGAGCCGUGUGCAGUUGUCCUGUAUCCAGAUUUUCAAGAAAAGAAAGUACCUCUUCAAAGACUUCAAGAAGUAAAAUCAACGAAAGAUUGCUCCAGAAGUUUUAUAUUUGAUGAUGAAGAUUUAGAAAAGCCUUAUUUCCCAGAUCGAAAGAUUCCUUCAUUGGCUGAUGCUUUUAAAUUAUCUGAAGAUGGAGACUCCAUUCCUUACACCAUUAAUAGAUACUUGCGAGAUUACCAACGAGAAGGAGCUCAGUUUCUCUACAGACACUACAUCCAGGGAAGAGGAUGCAUUCUUGGUGAUGACAUGGGACUUGGAAAAACAAUACAGGUUAUUUCAUUUCUGGCUGCAGUUUUGCGUAAAAAAGGAACUCGUGAAGAUAUUGAAAAUAACAUGCCAGAGUUCUUACUAAAAAGCAUGAAAAAGGAACCUUCUUCUACAGCCCAAAAGAUGUUCUUAAUAGUUGCUCCUCUUUCUGUCCUCUACAACUGGAAGGAUGAAUUGGAUACCUGGGGAUAUUUCAGGGUCACUGUUUUACAUGGUAGCAAAAAGGACAACGGACUGCUUCGCUUAAAGCAGAGGAAAUGUGAAAUUGCCCUGACAACUUAUGAAACUCUGCGCUUGUGUCUGGAGGACCUUAACAGUUUGGACUGGUCAGCUGUUAUUGUAGAUGAAGCUCAUAGAAUCAAGAAUCCAAAAGCACAAGUUACAGAAGUUAUGAAGGCUUUAAGUUGCAAGGUCCGCAUCGGCCUCACAGGCACCAUCCUUCAGAACAACAUGAAGGAGCUGUGGUGCGUCGUGGACUGGGCUGUGCCAGGACUUUUAGGUAGCCAGAGCCACUUCAAGAAGCAGUUUUCUGACCCAGUGGAACAUGGUCAGAGACACACAGCCACAAAGAGAGAGCUUGCUACUGGCCGAAAAGCUAUGCACAGACUUGCAAAAAAGAUGUCUGGCUGUUUUCUCAGGCGCACCAAGUCCCUUAUCAAGGGUCAGCUGCCUAAGAAAGAAGACCGGAUGGUGUAUUGUUCUUUGACAGAGUUCCAGAAAGCUGUCUAUCAAACAGUGUUAGAAACAGAAGAUGUGGCUUUGAUCCUUCGGUCCUCUCAGCCUUGUACCUGUGGCAGUGGCCGGAAAAGGAGAAAUUGCUGUUACAAGACUAAUUCACGGGGUGACAGAGUGAGAACCUUGUGUCUUAGUUACCUGACAGUGCUGCAGAAAGUAGCUAACCACGUUGCACUGCUGCAGACGGCCAGCACCUCAAAACACCAGGAAACACUUAUCAAGAGGAUAUGUGAUCAGGUAUUUUCCAGAUUCCCAGAUUUUGUGCAGAAAAGCAAAGAUGCAGCCUUUGAGACACUUUCUGAUCCUAAAUAUAGUGGGAAAAUGAAGGUUCUCCAGCAGCUUUUAAAUCAUUUUAGGAAGCAACGAGAUAAGGUUCUUCUCUUCUCCUUUUCCAUCAAGCUGCUUGAUGUGCUGCAGCAGUACUGUAUGGCUUCUGGCCUUGAAUUCCGGCGGCUUGAUGGGAGCACAAAGUCGGAGGAGAGACUCAAGAUUGUGAAAGAGUUCAACAGUACAAAAGACGUGAACAUUUGUCUUGUCUCCACCAUGGCUGGUGGACUAGGUCUCAAUUUUGUUGGUGCCAACAUUGUUAUAUUGUUUGAUCCAACUUGGAAUCCAGCCAAUGAUCUUCAAGCUAUUGACAGAGCAUAUAGGAUUGGACAGUGUAGAGAUGUUAAAGUGCUUAGGCUGAUAUCCUUGGGGACAGUGGAGGAGAUCAUGUACUUACGACAGGUCUACAAGCAGCAACUUCACUGUGUAGUGGUUGGAAGUGAGAAUGCCAAGCGAUACUUUGAAGCAGUACAAGGAUCGAAAGAGCAUCGGGGAGAGCUCUUCGGUGUCCACAACCUCUUCAAGCUAAGGGCCCAAGGGUCCUGUCUUACCAGAGACAUCCUGGAGAGGGAAGGCCAAGUGGAAGCUGGCAUCAUGACAGCCACAACGUGGUUGAAAGGGGGACCUUCAGGACAGGAACUAGAAGCCCCUAGAGACCCUGACUGUGAAGAACCCGCAGAGGUUUGUGAACUGUUCCCUGACUUCAGUGAUGACGAGUCGGUAGGCUGUCCCCUUGGCGAGACCGCGGAACACAAGGUGUCUGGCUCCAGCAGAGCCCCAGGUUCCUCAGCGCAGCGUACUUUGCUACAGUGUGGAUUCUCUAAAUUGUUUGAGGCGAAUUGUAAGUCAGGACAGGGUGGCGAUGGAAAUGCUGCCUCUGGUGAUGAAAGUUCUGAUGAACAGCCCGCAUGCCUGUCAACAGAGGCCAAACAGGCUGCUUGUCAGAAAACUCGGGACCCUGUUUGUACUUCAGAACAUCGGAAAUCAGAGAACAUCCAAAAUCCUAAUGAGAAAUGUGGUUUUGAUAAAAGUAAGAAGACUUUAGAACAGAACGUUUCUUCUGAAUCUGACGAUGAGUGGAAGUGUCACAGUACAGCUGGACUUCAUGGCAUGGGACAGAGUGACACAGAGUCAGAAGACAGCGAUGUCAUCUUUCCUACACAGUAUCCAGCUCAUAAUAACCGCAUACACGUUAAGCUGCUGUUAGGUGGAUCUGAAGAUUCUGAAUCAGAAAACCCCAUGAAAAUAAAUUGUGUUGAUGGCAGACAGAACGGUGGCAGAAAUGAACGAAUUUCAAAACCCUUGAGCCCUGAGAACAUGACCUUGAAACCUGUUAGGAAAAGAAAACUUAUAGAUGAUAUUAGCGAUGAAUCUGAUGACAUUGAUAUCUUCCCCAAGUCAAGAAUAAGAGAGCAAAGAGCUACUACUUCCUUGAAGCUUAAGAGAAAGAAGAAAAGCAAAAAAGAGCUUUAUAAGUCUCCUACAACAGGAAAGUAUCCAAAACAAGGGUGUGCAACAGAUGGGGAUUGUAGCUCUCAGGUCAUUGAGGAUUUUUCAUCUUCAGAUGACAAUUUAUCUGUCAGCCACUUGAGUUUCUCUAAACUAAGUCACAGAGCAGAAACUGUAAAAGAUGAAAUCAGUUUGUUCCCCAAGAUGCCUGGCACGGAUAAGAAAAAUAGCACUUUUAUACCAAGGAAAACAGCAAGCUUUUUAAAUGAAAGAGUUGCCAGUCAAGAGCAGAUGUGUGACUCAAUGGAUAAAAUAUUAGGUGGUGUUCAGGAAGUGGCUUAUAUCCACUCAAAUCAGAAUGUGAUCGGAUCAAGCAGAGCUGAGAACCACAUGAGCCGAUGGGCAACACGGGACGUGUUUGAGUUGAAACAGUUUUCCCAGCUCCCUGCUAAUGUAGCUGUUUGCAGUUCUAAGACAUACAAAAAUAAGGUGAAUACACAGUCAGUGACACUUACAAAGAAAGGUCAGCCACCAAGUGAUGGAAGCAUAUCCUCUCCUCUGUGUGUGUCCCACCCUGUAAGCCAGAAAAAGAAAUAUGCCUGCCGCACUAACCAAACUACUUUCAUCAUUGGAGAAACUCCAAAAGGAAUCCGCAGAAAGCAGUUUGAAGAGAUGGCCUCUUACUACAAGUUAUCGGUGCAGGAGUUUGCUAGACAAGUAACCAGCAGCACAUCUGAAGAGCGACAGAGAAUGCUCAGGGACUUCUACAGCCUUCAGCACCCAGAGGUAAAGGAGUUCUUUGUGAAUUCUGCUUCAGAGGUGAUCAGAUCUGUCCACAAGGAAGAAGAUAGGGGCAAGAAUAAAGAAAAAGAAAAAGAAUCUCUUUUGAAAGGAAGGCCCUCAAGUGAUAAUACUUUGUCAUGCAGUGAUUCCACCAACAAAAUGUCUCAAGUUUACAACCAAAAACUAUGUAAAGGAAAGUCAAUCAGAUUUCAGAAUCAUGGUUCCCACGGAAAAGAGACAAAAAUUACAAAACCCUCUGUCAGCUUUACUCAGGAGAUUGACGGAGAGAGAAACGACCACACACCCGAGAACACCGUGACAUUCUUCUGUCCAAACAGCAAGUCUGAAACCCCAAACACAGAGGUAGAAAGUCCGCUGGGACACCAGCGGAACCUCACAGGAGUAUGCACUUCAAGAGACAGACCACAAGGAGAGGAAAGCCCAGUGUCAGAGCGCACUCCUGGGGAAGGCUUGCUUGGUGACACCUCUAUUCUUAAUGACCUCUUUAAAAGCCGUGGGGAAGGCCUCACACAGCGAUCAAGGGACGUUCUUUCAGGACCCGUGGCAAAAGCAAAGCAGAGACCAAAAGAUUUCUGGGACAUCUUGAGUGAGCAGAACGACGACAGCCUCAGCAAACUCACUGACUUGACUGUGAUAGAGACUCUGUGCACAAAAGCGCCCCGCUCCACAGCCUCCAAAAGGAAGGGCGAGCCGGAGGCUUCCCUGUGGAAAGCAAAUGAGAAGUUUCUGUGGAAAACGUUUAACUCGGAUGCUGAUGAAAGCAUGGCCAGUACUGAGAGAGAGUAGAGCGUGGCGCCAUUAAGUUAGUAUCUCGGUGAGCUGCCAGCCCCGCUUAUGUACGUAACAUCUUGAGCAGUUGUUUGCAAACUUGCUUAUUAAAUUAUUGCUUUAGUGUUAUUUUAGCAUGUCAUCAUGGGUUUUCUCUCCUUAAUAUAUAUUUUAGUCAUUAAUGCCCAAUUUUACAGUCCUGGAGGUCAAGCCCUCCUCUACAUGAGCAAGCACUCAGCUAGCUCAGCUAUGUGUCCUGCCCCAUUCAAUCCUUUAACACAAGUGAUUAUGUCAUAUUAUAAGCCCCUGUUACAUGUAUGAUUCCGUGGCCUCUCAUGAGUGACUUGCGCUGUGUUUGCCCACUCCUCAUAGGAAAGGUACAGGAUUGCGCCAGAUUAGCAUAACCUUCCAGAAUGUCCCAAAUCAAGUGACAGACGCUGCACUGUUCACUGGCAUCGGGAAGUUACUGCUUUCCUUCUCCCUUGGAAUUGCGUUCUACAGUGAUGAAUUAUUUUAGAUAAAACUUGUAAUUAGGAAUGACUAUAUGAUAUUAUGUUAAAAUGGUGACUUUAUAACCGCCCGGAGUCGCCUAUACGUUUUGUGAUGCUAAAGUAAUGUGAUUGUUACCCUUGGCCAGAGUACCAAAGCCUUAACCUUUCACACUACUUUGACUUAGUAAAUAUAAAGAUUUGUAUUUUAACAGUAUUUCUUAAGUGGAAGGAAAUGAAUAGACCGUUUGAUUUUAAUUGAAUCCUCUUUCAUUGAAUUUAAUAUAUGUGGUUUACACACUCUGAAA